AUCACUCAACAAAUCCAAAACUCAAUCGGUGGGUGAGGGCUUCUGCUUCCAUUCGCUGCUUACGGAUUACUAGACACAGAGUAUGGCGAGGGAUAGCUGUCUGGCUCGUGUAGGUGCCGGAGUUGCCGUAGGCGGCGCUGUUGGUGGUGCCGUCGGUGCUGUGUAUGGGACCUAUGAAGCAGUUAGAUAUAAGAUACCAGGACUUCUAAAGAUCAGGCAUAUUGGACAAGUUACAAUUGGGAGUGCUGCAGUUUUUGGUCUUUUCUUGGGUGCUGGGAGCCUGAUACAUUGUGGAAAAUCAUACUAGGUUGCAACAAUUGUGUUCUUUUUUUGGCCAACCUCCAAUAAUUGUGUUAAUUAGACUAGUUUUUUUUAUGGAAGCACAAGCCUACUGGCCCUGUGAAUGGAAUUUAUCAUGGUUAUUAGUUAAAUACAAAACAAAAUUUCUUUUGUUAUCAUUAGUUUCUUUAAACACCACCUUUGCAAGAGGGUUUCAGACUUUCAGUGGUAUUUGGAAAUAUCUGUUUAGUGUUGCAUUAGGCAGGGAAAGGCUAAAAGUAAAUCUUAAUGAAUUGGGCACGCAAGUGUUGAUUUAUUAAGGGUAGAUUGGUCUUUCUAGCCCAGACUGGCAGUAUAUGUUAAAGUAAAUCUUAUUUGGUCCU